AUGUCAAAGCAAAUAAUUAUUAAUUCUACAUCGAAUUUAAAUCAACUCCUGGAAAUUGACGAGCAUGAAUAUCAAAAUAAACAAAGCAUUAAUCAACUUCAAAUAAGUGACGUACCAUCGUUAAAUAAUGGAAUUGAGCUACUCACUCAGGAAUAUUUUAAAUCUAAAAUAACAUCAUAUCCAAAUUUAAUUGGUGUGAUCUUGAAGAUUAAUGAGGAAAUUAGUGAAAAGUUGAAUAAUGAUCAGCAAUUCUACAACAUUUGGAAUAAACCAUCAUUUUUUAUUGCAUUUCAAUCAACUUUUGGCGAUCAUUGUUGCAAAAUCUUUUGGAAAAUUCCUGAAAACGAAUCAUUUUAUUCACUUUUGAUUGAUGACGAUACAAAUGAAGAUGUUUCUUUAUUUUUUCGAGAUUUUCUUGAAGGAGAACUAAAGGAUGGACGAUCAGGAAUUUUAAAACCUUUUCAAGUAAAAGGCAAAAUAAGGAUUCAAGAAGUUGGUGAUGAAAUGGGUAGAAGUCUUCUAGAUCUUGCAGUUCUAAGGAAUCAACAAACAGUCACUGAAAGAUUAAUGAGACAUGAAUUUUACACAAGUGAGGCAAUCAAUCAUGCAUGGACAAACUACAUAGAAAAUGACAAAGAAAUGAUUAAAAAUACAGCAAAUGAAAUAAUUUUGAUACUUUUGAAAUCAAAUUCAACAAUUCCGAAUGAUUUUAACUAUGAACAAGCAUCCCAAAAAGUUCAGGAAUUUGUAGACUAUUGUGAGGAUAUCCAUGAAGAUGUGAAUGAAAACAAAUUUGAGAAUUUAAACACAAAACUUGAUAAAUAUCCAAACAUGAUUUAUUUUUACAAUAGGAACAAUCAAUCACUUCUAGCACAUGCUUUUAAAAAUAGGAACUAUGAUAUCCUGAAGUAUCUUGAAAGAGGCAUUACAAUCGGACCACAUGAAGAUAUUAAAGAUGUCUACAAAAAUGUAAUUUCAGAUAACAUUGCAAAUUCUUUAAGAACCACAAAUAGGCAAAAUUCAAAUGAAAAUCCAGAAAGUCAUCUUUUGUCGUUAAGAUUCAAGUCCAGGAUUGGCAACAACGAUCAAUAUUCACACCAAAAGUGGAGAUAUGUGAACGAAGCAUUUGAAAACAUAAAUGCCAAUAAAUAUUGCUCAUUGAUUUUAAAAGUGACUGCUGAAUGUAAGAAAUUAAGAAUUUUCUUUGAUUUUAGGCAUGACUCAACUUAUUACAUGGAUCCAGCAACCUCUAUUUUUUCACGAGGAAUCAUUUAUGAAGGUGGAUCAAUUUUUAUUGGUGCAAAGAAUUUAAUUGACGAUCAGAAGAAGUUUGAAGUGUUUGGAGUGCUUAUUCAUGAACUAUGUCAUCUUGCUAUCUACAUGACAUUCAUGAACCGGAACUUUGAUCCAUUUUCGCUCGGAAAAAGUAAAGAAAAGAAAAGAUUUCACAAUAAAGUCAUGAAUCAAUGCAAAGAUAAGCAAGAUUGUGAGACACUCGUUAAGAAUGUGCUGAGCUGCUAUUCAGAGAGCAUUCAAUGCUCUGAAAUGAUCGUUGUUGCUCCUCAAUUGAUGAUCACGUACCAAAAUGACACAGAAAGGGUUGAAGAUCUUAGAAAGCUUUUCAGUGAACUUUUUAAAUACAGCGAAGAAGUUGUUGAACCAGAAUUGGAGAGAGCUUUGCCUGUUUUGAAAUCGUUAUGGGAUGAAAAGCCAGUGACUUUCAAAGAUUUGACAAAACCAAUGAAGGCUAAGAUCUGGCAUGCAGAAAUCAAUUUUCAAGGAGUAGAAACUACAUUUUAUCAGCUGAUAGGAAGUGAUCAGGAAAUUUUAGAAGUGCUUUUAUUUGAGGAUAUUGUAGAUAUAUUAUUAAAGAACUUAGUCAGCGAAAUUGGGGAAACCUGUGAAUUAGACUUAAAGUAUGAGUUGUCAGAAAGAAGCUUCAUCAACCGAGACAUCGAGGCGAAAUUAAGAAAAUUGAUGCCUUUAAGCUAUAAGCAGGAAUUAGAUAAAUACUCAAUGAACUUCGAAGAAAUCGAAAUUGAAGCAAGAUCUAAGCAAAUUAUGAUUCUUGCCGAUUUUGCUGGAACUGGAAAGACAACAAUUUUCAAACACUACACAAAAAAGUUAAAGUCUAUUAAUGAAAACCAUUGGGUAUCCUUUAUAAAUCUAAGAAAAUGUCAAGAAGUUUUUGAAAUUUUUGAUAAAAUUUCAACUACUGAACAAGUUCUGAAGCUUCUGUUAAAAAUCCUCAAACCACAAUCACAAGUGGAAGUUAAAAUUUUCAUAAAAUUAUUUUUCGAUGGCAAUGUGAUUUUACUGCUUGAUGGAUUCGAUGAAAUCAGCCAGAAAUAUACUGCAACUCUUUUAAAAAUCUUCAAAAUCUGGAAAGAAAUGAAUUUAUCAAAUGAAUUGUGGAUCUCAACACGUCCACAUCAUGUUAAAGAAUUGGAAGAUUUUUUCGAUGUUUCAGCAUAUAAAUUUAAACCAUUUUUAGAACACGAAAGGAUGAAUUACAUUAAUGAAAUACUUAUUAAAAAUGACGUCAGUGAUGAUCAAGAAGAAAUUUAUAAAGAAAUAUCAAAAUUUAUUACAAAAUUAGAAAAGCAUUCAGUUGAUCUUCAAAGUGUUGAUAAUUCAUUAAUAAUCCAAAUGAUUACAGAACUCUACACUCAAAAAGCUAUCAAACUAGACACUAGUAGUCGUUAUGAACUUUAUUUGAUCAUGAUAAAGACUCAAAAGAAGAAAAAUGGAAUUAAAAUCCCCAACGAGGAUCGAGAUCGUUUAACAAAAUUAUCAAUCUGGGAAGUACAUCAAGUCUUAGCUUUAAUGGUGAUUUUUGGUACAGAUUUGGAAGAAAAACUUGGAUUUAAACUCAAUGAAAUGUCAUUAAUUAAGAAAUGGAAAAAAGUAUCCAAAGAUUGGACAUCAAAAAUGAUUCAACAAUAUGGAUUUGUGACUGUUGAUAUGGAUGCUCUUAAUAAUGAAGAAAAUGUUUCAGCAUCCAAAAAUAUUCCAGCAAAACAAUCAAAUAUAAAAUUCUCAACUCGAAGUCCAUUUCAAGACAGCCAACAUCAUCCCAUUAAAGAAGUACAACUCUCACUUAACAUUACAGUUAAAGCAAGUCCAAUAGAUUUUAUACAUAGAACAUAUGCAGAAUUCUUUGUUGCACAGUUCAUGAUUGAUUUCAUAUUCAAUGACAAUGGUGACAUGAAAGAAGAAGCAAUUCAGAGAAAGUUUAAGUUGUUUGAGGCAAUCAUGAGAGAUACCGAGAAGCUUAGUGUUGUGCAAGAGUUCAUUUUAAGUCAUAUCGAGAAUGAAGCUCAAGCUGAUGGCAAAGUCCUUGACGAGGAUGUUCAAAAGCUAAUUUUUGAGAAUAUCUUACAGAUUCAUAAGGAUUUUAAAGUAUUAAAUGAUUCCGAUGCUCAAAAAAUGUGCAAAUAUUUCAAAAACUAUGCAACUCUUGCCUGUGUUUGUCCUGAAAUUGUGGAAGUGCUUUGGAAAUUUGAAGAUUCUGGAAAUUUUCUUAAUUUUUUGAUUCGUAAAUUUUCAGCGUCUUCAAAAACUAAUAUUGAGUGGAUCAUUAAGUCAGCUGAGCUAUGUUUUGGUUCAAACUGGAAUGAAAAGUUCAAUAGAAGUGACAAAGCUUUGAUCACAGACGAAGAAAUUGAAAAAUUCAAACUGGAAAAUGCGGAUGAACAAAAAUGGGAUUGUGAUAAAAACAUGCUGCAAAUCAGCGAUCUUGUGGAUAAAAAUUUCGAAAGUGACGUAAUUUAUGGAUUUUAUAAGGCAUUGGAUAUGUCGCUGAUCGCAAACUUCAAUAUUUUCAAAGAAAUAUCUCAAAAAGUUAAGAAUUUGAUAAAUCAAGAAGCAUUCGCAAGAAAAUGCUUCAAAGAACUGAAUUUUGAUGAAGCUUCAAAGGAAAUUGUUGGUUAUGUUUUGAAUAUUAUCCAUUCUUAUUUUGUUGAUGACCCAGAGACACUUAGAUGCUUUCUGUUUAAGAAUUCACCAAACAAAUGUCCAGCAUUAGUUCAAUCAUUUUCUUCAAGAGAUCCUGAAGUAUUCAGACUUGUUAAGAAUUUUUACUUGAACUAUAAAAUUCAAAAUUCAUGGAAAGAAAUCCAAGACAUUAUUUUAGACAACAUGGGAAUCAUUCAACUCAUCAACGGAGUCAAUUCUCAAUUUUAUUCUGAUUUCAGAGACUUUAUUAAGGAAGUAUUUAGAUCAAAUAAUUUAAGAAUUGAAGAUGAAUUGAAGAAUUAUUUUUCUGAUAAAAAGUUUUUUGAGUUUCAAGUGAAACUUUUUAAAAAUUUAGAAGAUUUUUGUUCGACAAUCUGUCCAACAUUAACUGUGGAUUGGUUUAAGAGGAAAUGUGAUAAAGAUUUUUAA